UUGAUGAGCGAAUUGCCCAUCCGAGCCCCAACAAUUGCAGGUUGUGGAGCCUGGCGUGAAUAUCCGUUGAAAGGCGUCCAGGUUCCAGUAUUGGAACUCUACUCCCUGUUCGGCCCAUGGCUAUGUCAAUUUUCCAUGAUCAUCUCCCACAGCAGUGAAAUCCUAUGGCGAUGAGACCAUGUAACAGCUGAGACCUCACUCAAGCACUCUUCUGAACACUUCCGGGUUGGCUUGCGACUUCAUCUCAACCAUGUCGACACUUCCGCCGGCCUCUCAGCGGCCGAGCCCCUCGCUGCGUCUGAAAUCGGCCAUGGUGAUGGGCGUGACGGGCGUUCUAUCCAAGUUCUUUUUGUACGGGUUCAACCGGGUCGAAGUGACGGGUCUGUCGAGGUUUCUCGAGCUGCUGGAAAGCCGUAAAGAUCCCGCCAAGAGACAACGAGGCCUCUUAACGGUAUCCAACCAUAUCAGCGUACUCGACGACCCUGUAGUAUGGGGCAUCCUCCCUCUAAGCUACGCGUUUGACCCGUCCAACCUACGCUGGACCCUGGGCGCCGCCGACAUCUGCUUUGCAAACAAGGCUUUCUCCACCUUCUUCACGCAAGGCCAAGUCCUCCCAUGCCAUCGGCUCAAGCACUCGCCCUUCGGCGGGCUUUUCCAGCCGGCCCUCACCCAAGCCAUCCGCCUGCUCUCCACCCCUCCGCCUCCCACCGUCCCCAUCCCGCCAACCUACACCACCACCGGCAGCGACGCCCACCCCUCCCCGCUCCUCUUCCCCGCCCAGCGCCGUUACAGCUGGGUGCACGUCUUCCCCGAAGGGUGCGUGCACCAGCACGCGUCCACCGACCUGCGCUACUUCAAAUGGGGUCUCGCCCGCCUGAUCCUCGAGUCCGAACCGGCCCCGGACGUGCUGCCCAUGUUCAUCGACGGCACGCAGCGCGUCAUGCCCGAGGACAGGGGCUUCCCCCGCUUCGUGCCUCGCGUGGGCAAGACGGUGCGGGUGGCGUUUGGCGAGGUGCUGGACUAUGAGGCGACGUUUGGGGAUUUGAAGAGGCGGUGGGAUGGGUUGGUUGCGAGGGAGCGGGAGAGGGAAGGGGAAAAUGGUGGGUUGGUGGUGGCUCCGUGGAGACAAACGGACGUCGGGGAGCUGACGACGGACGAGUUGAAACACGGCAAAGAGGCGCAGGAAAUCAGGAUCGAGGUCGCGCGGCGGAUGAGGGACGAGAUCCUUAAGCUUCGGAGAUCCCUGGGCGGGUACCCUGAGCCGGACCCGGCUUUUGGCCUGGCCGAGACUUGGCGGCUGGAUGACGAUAUCGAGGCCAAAAAGUACAAGAGCCGGGUUGAUGGGAGCAAUAUAAAUCAAGACUAGAUCUAGUAUCAUUUUAUAUUCUGUUGUGGAACGUGUGCUUUAGGUUGGUGUUCGUGUAGACGGGCCUUUGUUCGAGUAGCCUUUAGAUGGUAUGGUAGCCAGGAUAGAAGGGGAUCAAAAGGAGUGAUUGGUAGAAGUGGGC